GAUCAGUACGAUAAUUUAGCGAUACACACAAAUAAAGGCAUUGAAUUUUUGGAUAAAUAUGCAAAUUUUAUAAGAGAUCGCUUAGCGAUAGAAACAGAAUAUGCCGCUAAAUUAAGGCGAUUAGUGAAAAAUUAUCAGCCCAAAAAGAAAGAAGAAGAAGAUAAUGAAUUUACAUCAUGGCAAGCUUUCCGUAAAGUACUCAAUGAAAUCAGUGAUUUGGCAGGACAACGGGAAGUGGUAGCGGAAUCCCUGCAAUUACAAAUUUUACAAGGCAUUUCACUGCUCUCCAAAACCCUAAGAGAAGAAAGAAAAAAAUGUCUUUCAAAUGGCACAUAUUUACAAACAAAACCUCACCACACAAUUGGCCUCAGUGGAGCGGCCAAACGUAACUAUGAGAAAGCCUAUCGUGACUCCGAAAAAGCGGUGGAUUAUAAAAAAGCCGAUAUGGAUUUAAAUCUAAGUCGAGCUGAAGUCGAGCGUUAAAAUAUAAUGACAGCAAAAAUCCAACAAUCGGAUGAUGCGAAAAAUGAAUAUGAUCAAUUGCAAAAAACGAAUAAUUUACAGCAACAGCAUUACAAUGAACUAUUGCCAGAGGUCUUCAAUCGCCUACAAGAAUUGGACGAAAAACGUACACGUGGCAUACGAGAAUUCAUCAUAGAAUCUGCAAAUGUAGAGUCUAAUGUUGCACCCAUUAUAGGCAGAUGUUUAGAGGGUAUUGUAAAAGCGGGAGAAGCGAUAAAUGAAAGAGAAGAUUCUUAUAAAGUUAUAGAAAGAUAUCAAUCUGGUUUUACCCCACCACAAGAUAUACCUUUCGAAGAUUUAUCCAAACAAGAUACCCUUGAUUCAUCACAAGAUUCCCACUAUAAUCAUCCAAUACAGUCGAGUCAUUUAACCGUUAAGGGUACACUAAGUGCCAAUAAACUAAAGAAACGUGUGGGAAUUUUCAAUAUAUUUGGCAGUAAUAAGAAUUCCUUAACUGCGGACGGACAAAAGGAAGAUUUCAGUGAUUUACCACCAAAUCAAAGACGCAAAAAGUUACAAGCAAAAAUUGCAGAAUUACAACAGAAAAUCCAACAGGAAACUGCCGCACGAGAUGGUCUCAUGAAAAUGAAAGUCGUCUAUGAGGCCAAUUCAUCGCUGGGCAAUCCCAUGACAGUGGAGGGUCAAUUAAAUGAAUCGGAACAUAAGCUGGAGAAAUUGAAAAUUGACUUGAAGAAAUAUCAAGGCUAUUUAGAGAAGGCAAAUCAAAUACCCAUGGCAAAUAAUAGUCCGCAAGCAAAUCGCAAUACGAUGAACAAUGGUCAUCGAUCGUCGAGGCAUUCCAAUGGUAGCACUGAGGACAACAAUUACGACGGCGAUUUCCAACAAGAUGAUGGUGGCAGUUUAAGCAGGUCAGAUUCUGAGGAUAAUGUGGCGCAAAUACAAAAUGGCCAUAAUAAUAACAAUAACGGCAGUUCGGCUAGUCCUGAAAGUGGCUUAGGAACAUCACACACCUCACUGCCGGGUUCGGGACAAGGAAGUGCAAACGAAAAUGCCAUGGGUGAAGAAACGUAUUAUGAAAGUGAACUAGAACCACUACAACCUCUGGGUACAUGUCGAGCCUUAUAUCCAUUUGAAGCCACCAGUGAGGGCAGCAUACCCAUGAAUGAGGGCGAAGAAUUACAAGUUAUAGAAAUAGAUCAAGGUGAUGGUUGGACGCGUGUGCGUCGCAUGAAUAAUACAAAUGGUUGGGAUGAGGGUUUUGUGCCCACCAGUUAUAUUGAUUGUACACUAUAUUCUUAAGUCAAACAAAAAAAAAUAAGAAACAA